ACUCAAAACCGCGUCGCCUUUGCGCACAUUUGCAGCCAGGGCUUACGCGUGGGAGUACUCCGAGCCGUUCGCAGCGCUGCGAGGAUUUUGCGCCGCGCGAGCCGCUUGUAAAGCGAGGAGAGACUUGCAGCAAUCAGCAGCACAGCUAAAAAGCCGCCGCAGCGAUGGGCUUCGGCGCAGCGAGCCCGGCGGAAGCACGCGCAAAGCUCGAAAAGCUCAAGCUCGAGGCGACCGCCGCCGCGGCGGCACCGCCAACACCAAGCAAACCGGAGGACGAGGACGCCGUCGCCCGGCUCGCCCAGAAGAUCCUGCGAUCGUCAUCAAUAGAAGAAGCGCGGCAGCACGCGCGCGAGGCGACGAACACGACGAACGACCCGCGGCUAGCGCCGCUCUUCCAGUCGCCGAGCAAGGGCCGGGACAAGGCGACGCCCGGGUGGCCGGAGAGCGUCGAAAUGUACCUGGGCCCGACUAAUUCCGGAAAGACGCAUCGCUCGCUAGAUUUCCUCGCGAAGAUUGGUUCGGGUUGUUAUGCGGGGCCGUUACGCGCAUUAGCUUGGGAGGUCCGCCAUAGCGUCGAAGCGCGCGCCAAGAAGGUCUGGGGCGAACAUCCACCUACGGUCGGAUUGUGGACCGGUGAAGAAUCAAGAGAUCCGGACGCUCCGGUACUAUGCUGCACCGCGGAGGUCGCCCCGUCGCACGGCAACGUUUUGGUAUUGGACGAAGCGCACUGGUGCGCGGACCCGCAGCGGGGCCACGCCUGGACUCGUCUAUUAUUAGCGGCUAGAUCUGGUAGAUAUAGGCACGUUCGCAUCUGCGGCCCGGUCCAGUCCGAGCCGUUACUACGGCGAGUCUUCGAGAAGCAUGAACACGCGGUGACGGUCCAUCGCACGCAACGGCGCAGUCGAUUGCAUUUUGAAAGGGACCCCAUCGCGGACUUUCCGGCCUUCCUACAGCAAGCGAAGUCCGAAAGGCGCUUCGUUGCAGUAGUCGCGUUUUCUCGAGCCGCCGUGUUAUCAUUAGCGGGCAUUGCUCGCAAGGCCGGGGCAAGGGCGUCGGUGAUCUUUGGCAAAUUACCCCCCGAGGCGAGACGGAAGCAGCUAGAUGAUGCUCUGGCGGGCAGGUUAGAUGUCCUCGUUUGUACCGAUGUGAUAGGGCACGGUAUUAAUCUCCCGCUCGACGACGUCGUUUUCGCCGAAACUAAAAAAUUUGAUGGAACACAAAGACGAGAUUUGUAUGUGUGGGAGGCGGCGCAGGUGGCUGGUAGGGCGGGGCGCGACGAAUUGCCGGGGAGGUGCUGGUACUUACCGAGAUAUGGUGCUAAUGUGAAGCUGCUGACCAAAGCCGUCAAGGCAGCAAACGGUGAUCCCGGUGAUGGGUUUGAUUUAGAUUUGUCCAAAGCGGUCUUAGCGCCGGAUCUCUCUGCUUUGACGCAGUUGACCGGGAGCGUGCCAUCUAUACUCUUACUACCGAAGUGCGUAACGCAGUGGCGGGACGAAUUGCAACGGUCGCUGAAUGAUUCAGAUGAUCCCUUGGACUGGGUGAAAUCGGGAGACAUCGAUGAGCUUCAGCGACGCCUGGACAUCCUCAGGAACAGUAGUUUGGUGCCGGACGACGUGCGCAAAGCUUUGUCGGCGUCCGAUCUGUGGCAUCUCGCGCGGUUGCCCGUGCGGGAGCAGCAUUUCGAAGCUGUCGCUAGAGCAGCUUGUCUGGGGGAACAGGUCGUGUUCGGUUCGUUAGAUUCGUUAGUCGAUGAACAAUUGGAGGAUGAGGUGCAAAGAUUAGGAGACGUCCUGAUGGCGUCGCGACGAUUUCCAGCCAUCCUAGUCGGGGACGACGCUGUGGAUGAAGAUGACGCGUGUCUGGCGGCGGUCGCGUGCCACGAGGCCUUGUAUUUGUAUGGAAGCAGAUUGAUCGGCCACGGGGUUGGAAGACAAAUAGACGACGCCCACCUGUGCAAAGUCUGCGGCCAGCCCAAGGGUCCCAAUUCAAAGAUAAAGGACCGGCAAUGUAGGAGAUGCUUCGCCAUUCAAGAUCGGGAAGCGGCCCAGGCCGCGCGCCAGCUCGCGCGCCAGUACGCGCGCGUCCAAGCCCGGUCGCAACCGCCGCAAUUGGGUUACGCGCUCAGCGGCGGGCAGCCGCCGCCGCAGCCGUACGCAGCCGGCGCCUUCGCUUCGCCGCCAGCGCCGCCGGCCAUGAGCGUCGGCGACCGCGCUCGUUUAAGAGCGCAACAGGAGGCCGCGGCGCGCGUGCGGGGCCUGCCGCCCGAGCUCCUGCGCGACGCGGAGUCGGCGCGGGCGUCGCGUGAGGCGUCGGCGGCGUCGCGCGAGGCGCGCAUGGGGCAGCUCGCGGCGGCAUCGGCGGCCGCGCGCCGCGUCGACACCGAAGCCGAGAUCAUCCGGAACCAGGCCGCGCGCGGCCGGCCCCUGAACGCCGCGGAGGCCGAGGCCAUCGCGGCCCAGGUCGUCGCGGCGCGAGGCCAGCACCGGCCGCCCGGGAAGCCGGCUCGGGAGCCCGGGAAGCGUAUCCGGGGCGGCAAGAAGCACGCGGGUGCCCGGGAGGCGGCGCGGGCGCGCGAGCGCGCGCAGGAAAGCGGCGCCAUCAAUCGAGGUAAACCGGUCAUCCGGCCGCCGGGUCAGCAGAAGCCGGGGCCCCUCGAGAUCGCGCGCGCGGCGAAUCGGGCGCCCCGGGCGCCGCGGCCCGUGCCCCCGACGCCGGCAUACUUACCAGCCGGCGAAGUUUACUUCCACCCGCCUCGGAACGGGCUCGGGCGCGGGCGCGGCGGGCGCGGCGGACGCGGCGGACGCGGCUCGGGCCCGCCGGGGUUCAUCUAG